AUGGCGCGUCUCAGCGAUGCGAAUGGAAAGAAAAGACGAGGCCGGCCUCCGGGUAGCCGCAACUCUGGCGCUGUUGCGAAGCCGAAGAUGAAGCCAGCACCAAAGCCGGCUGCAGCAAAGAAAGACAGACCCAAGAAGAAACAGGCACAAGAAGAAGUCGAGGAUGAGCUCUCCAUAGCUGAUGCAGCGCCAACACAACCAUCGAAAUCUCGCAAGCGCAAAUCCGACGAAAUUGCCGAACCCGAAGCCAAGUCGCGCAAGCAGUACACGCAAUUAGAGGUCAAGACGAAGAGAAUACCGCAGGAGCAGAUAGACGCAUGGCCACAGCUGCCGCCUCAGGUCCUGGAGCAGAUAACGACGGUGAUACGCAAUGCGAAGAAGGAUAUCGCCGAGACACAGCGGGACGAGCGCAGGAUCAUGGCCGCACACAACACGCUCAAUCCCCUCGUACGGAAACUGGCGCGUCAACUAGCAGAGUCGCGGAUACCUCCCCAGGCCAAGGAUAUCCAUUUCAACAUUGACAAGCUCACGGAACGCAAUGCCCAAGUAUCCCGAGAGGUUACGACAGCCCGGCAUGCGAAACAGCUGCUCAGCGAGCAGGUCAAGGUUGCUCAGCACUUGCUAAAGAAAGACGAAGACAACCUGGACGAUCUGAAGAAGAACGUCAAGAGCUGGAGGACCGAGUGGAAACACCAGAAGAAGCAUGGACGGCUCCACCCCUUACUUCAAGGCGAAGAAGAUGAUGGCACGAUCAAUAGCGAUGGUCCGAACGAUAUCCGGUUGAAGCGAUCAGAACCAAUUGCCUCCUCCCUCCUCGAUACGCCCAAUGAUGACCUUGCGCCAGUGCUCGGACAAUUGCGACGCAGCCUGGAGAGUAUGCAGGCCAACUAUACACAAGUAGAGGGUCUCGAUACGGUGAUGAAGCACGCGCAGGCAGCACUAGACGACGUCCUGUUUAGGCACGCUGGUGCAGCGCAGUAUGCUGCCCUCUGA